UUAUUGCUGUCGAAUUGUUAUCCGCUCUAACAAGAAAAUUCUCUGCGUUCUAUUCUAUUGAUCUCGGAAAUUUUAAUUUCAUAAAAACUUGUACUGCAUAAUAAUAACUACGCUGGAAGCAGAGAGAAUAAACUAUUAAAGCAAAACUUUUAACAGCAGACGACAAUGAAUAUGGACGCAGGCAACUUGGUGGAGAACCGUGAGAAAGAACGCGAUCGUCGUGGACGCGGAGCACGCGGCUCCCGAUUUUCAGACGCCGAUGGCAAUGGAAAUGCCGGUGGCAACCAAGGUGGUGGCGGAGCAGGUGGAGGUGGCGGAAACAAUGUUCGCGACCGGAGCCGCGAACGUCGCAAUUGCCGCGUUUACAUAUCGAACAUUCCGUACGACUACCGCUGGCAGGAUCUGAAAGAUCUGUUCCGCCGCAUCGUCGGCUCCAUUGAGUACGUGCAGUUGUUUUUCGACGAGAGCGGCAAGGCACGUGGCUGCGGCAUCGUAGAAUUUAAGGAUCCUGAGAACGUGCAAAAAGCCUUGGAGAAGAUGAAUCGUUACGAGGUGAAUGGCCGCGAACUGGUAGUCAAGGAGGAUCACGGCGAGCAGCGUGACCAGUACGGCCGGAUUGUGCGGGAUGGAGCUGGAGGCGGUGGCGGUGGAGGUGGUGGUGGUGGCGGCGGCAACGGUGGCAACAAUGGUGGAGGAGGCGGCGGUGGUGGUCGUGACCACAUGGAUGACCGUGACCGCAUUUUCUCCCGUCGCGAAGACGAAAGAUUAUCUGGGCGUAAUAAUUUUAACAUGAUGUCAAAUGAUUAUAAUAAUUCGUCGAAUUACAAUUUGUAUGGGCUUUCCGCUUCGUUUUUGGAGAGUCUUGGCAUAAGUGGACCUUUGCAUAAUAAGGUUUUUGUUGCUAAUCUGGACUACAAGGUGGACAACAAGAAGCUCAAGCAGGUCUUUAAGCUGGCCGGCAAGGUGCAAAGCGUAGAUCUUUCACUGGACAAAGAGGGCAAUAGUCGCGGCUUUGCCGUGAUCGAGUAUGAUCAUCCCGUGGAGGCUGUGCAGGCUAUUUCCAUGUUGGAUCGUCAGAUGCUCUUCGAUCGUCGCAUGACCGUACGUCUGGACCGCAUUCCGGACAAGAACGAAGGCGUAAAGCUGCCCGAGGGCUUGGGAGGCGUGGGCAUCGGCCUGGGACCCAACGGAGAGCCAUUGAAGGAUGUAGCUCACAAUCUGCCCAAUGGAGGCCAGAGCCAGGGACAGCUGCUCGGCAAUUCGCAGCAGGGAUCUCAGCUGGGAUCGGUGGGUGGCGGCCAGGGCAGCAGCGCCGUUAGCAACGCCACCAAUCUGUUGAACAAUCUGACCGGCGUCAUGUUCGGCAAUCAUGCUGCCGUUCCAGUCGCCCCGGUGGCCCCGGUGCAGAAGCCCAGUUUGGGCAACAAUGCAGGAACCGGCGGAUUGAACCUAAACAAUCUUAACCCCAGCCUUUUGGCUGCCGUCGUAGGCAAUCUGGGCAGUCAGGGAGGCAAUUUGAGCAAUCCCUUGCUGACCUCGUCACUGAGCAACCUCGGUCUCAAUCUCGGAAACUCUGGAAAUGAUGACAGCUUGGCCCCCAGCAACGUGGGCCUGUCGAACAACUACAGCAGCGGCGGUAGCGGUGGCGGCAAUAACUACAGUUCCGGCAACAACUAUAGCGGCGGCGGUGGCGUCUCCGGCAAUGUGGGAUACAAUGCCUACAGCAGCUCUGGCGGAGUUGGCGGCGGAAACGGUGGUGGCGGCCUGGACAGCAACGAUUACAAUUCGGGCAACCAGUUGGACAUGUUCGGCGGUGGAGCCAAUGUGGGCAACUCAAAUGUUGGAUCGGGCAAUGCUGGCGGCGGUUCCCGCAAGUCGGACACCAUCAUUAUCAAGAACGUGCCCAUGAGCUGCACCUGGCAGACGUUGCGCGACAAGUUCCGUGAGAUCGGCGACGUCAAGUUUGCGGAAAUUCGCGGCAAUGAUGUGGGCGUAGUGCGUUUCUUUACGGAGCGCGAUGCCGAGGCUGCCAUAAGACUUAUGGAUGGCUCGCGUUUGGAUGGGCGCAACAUUAAAGUAACAUACUUUUAAGUCGGCGCUUCUUGGCGCCAAAAAAACUUUAAGCAUGACCACAUCCUCCGAUGACCAAUGAGCAUAUUUUCCUUAUUUCACGCGCAAUACUGAAAUCAAAGGCACACGAAAGGCUCAUCCAAACGAAUGCACCCACAUAUUUGUAUAACUUUUAUAUAUACGCAUAUUAUUAUACAGACUAAUAUUAUGAUAAUUGACGUUCCAAAAAAAAAGAAACACAAAGCCCCCAAAAAACUGAAGACGCGAUUCAAGUUAUUUUUUAAGUCAUUGAAUUAAUGCCAAUAAAAUUAUGUAAACCCAUGAAAA